AUGAAGGUCAUGGACAGUGCUAAGAAAAUUACAUUGUUAUGUGCCUGUUCGAAUGGAGCAAUUUUUGCAGUAACCGGUUUUAAGAAAUCAGUAGAUGGUUGUUUUGGAAAGAUUUGUACUUUGGGAUCUGUUGUAUCCUUUUUGAUGCUAAGAGCCCAGCGUUUUGAUGUCAGCCGGUUUGAUGGGAAGACGUAUUUUUCUACGCCAUUCGACUUUGAAUUAAUUGUGCAGCCUAAUUCUAAAUAUUAUUUGGUGGAAAGUGUUGCAAAAAGCGUCGACAGUUUUACUGAAAUGAAGAUAGGGGAAUUUUAUAAAGUCAAAUGCGUUUUAACUACUGUUUUUAUGCCUUACGACAAGACUAAAGUUUGUGCCAUCGUUGGCGAUUUAAAGGGCCAUAGGGGUGAUUUAUAUGUUUCUGGAGAAGCUUUAGCUGAGAAAAUUGGAAAUGGAAAAGAAUAUAACCAAGUUGUUCUUAGCAAGUGUUUUGUCAAUAUUACCGAUGAGUGUUUGGAACUGCAUGCUUCCGUUCAGGACAUCUGCAUUAAUACAGACUUUGUUUUGUGCCCAUUUGACAAACCACUCAAGACUCCAGUCAAACGUAAAAGUGAAGAAUUUGAGACUGUUGAAGUGACUAUUAAAAGUCAGAAGAAAUGACUGAAUUUUGUGAUAUGAUCUCUUUAGCACUCUUGAAAGUUAUUUUCUUUUUGUUGUUAAUUUUAAAGUAAAUUGUUGUUUUGUUAU